AUGAUUUUAACUACACCAAUACUUCAACCAACCAGAGAUACUAAGCAGUUUCAAGGAGCAGAAAGUUUAAGCGAGCCAGUAAAGAUAGGAUUUGAAAUAGAGCUUGAUUUAAGUCUUAUUGAGUCAACUUUUCCGGAAUUUCAGCCCAAUACAUGUGAUCUUACAACAAUUAAGAAAAAUUUCUGUCAAUUAGUAAAUAUCCUUACUUUUCCUAUUGAAUAUGGAUCUGGAUAUUAUUGGGAGAUUCGGCAAAUAUAUCUUGUUACAAGAAAAAAGGAGUUUACAGGUUGCGUUAUGCAUGCUAUUGACCGACGUUUAAAGGACAAAAAAUUAAAAUCAACUGGUUAUUUAAAAAAUAAAGCAAUAGAAACUCACCAGCAGUUUAAUUUUAUUGAAUUAUUAUGGAUUCCAAAUAGUUCUACUGGAAGUUUAUGCCCAGAUGAUAAAUUUAAAGAAGUUAUAAACAUGCAUAUAGAAAUAUCGGAACGAAAUAAUACAGGAGAUGAGAUAAUAGUAAAGUUGACUUAUUAUGAAAAAGUCUUUAAUUCAGCUUUGAAAUUAUACCAAAGAGAAAAAGAUAAUAUUCAUUAUGUAAAGAGCUUUGAUUCUCUUAUAAAGUCAGUCAUUCAAGCUGUAGAAGAAUGUGAAAAGAAGCUAGCAGUUCAUACACAACAAAGUACAUAG